GAAUAUAUAUAUAUAUAUAUAUGUUCACGUACUAAUGAUCAAACCUUGCAAGUGUAUGGUGGGAAGGAAAGAGAACGAGGCAAAUGGAAAAAGUGGAAAAGAGGGAAGGAAAGGGAAAGGAAAAGAGCGAGAUGCGAGGAGAGAGGGAGUGAACGGUGUUCCGGUGGAGGCGCUGUACAGUGGCAGGAGAACCGCGGCGGCGGCGGUGAUUCACAGACUUUCUUAUCAACGUCGAAAACGCCGUGCACGGGAGCAGGAAGAGGGACUUGGGCCGACAUCGGGCGUCGGAUCGGUACGCGCGAAAUGAGGUACCAUUGAUAAGAUUUGGAGCGCCGCGUGGUUCCGCCUCCGCCGUGCCCGAAACGCGGCACAUCACGGACGUGUGGAUAAAGCGGCGCCAUAUAUAUACAUAGAGCCACACGAUAUACACAAUCGUAUUUUUCUUUUUCCCUUCUUUCGCGAGCGUAAGAGACUGACGGUGAAAACAGGGAGGAGUGAAAACCGCUCUGGGAACGAAGGAGCGAUCGCGACACGAAAGGAGAUCCAGACAGAUAGAGGGAGAACGGAAGAAAGAGUAAGAGAGAGUGAUAGAGGGAGUGAGGGAGAGAGAGAAAGAGAGAAAGAGAGAGAAUUAGUGAGAUCCGUGGAUGCGGCGCGGUGUCUGCAUCCGUGCGUGAAUCACGCUUUGGAGGUGCCUGUCUGUCCCUCGUCUUCGAGCACACCCCAUAUUCACGACAUUGACCCGUUCGAGGACGCUGCUGUUCCCCGCGGACAUCGAGCAACACCUCGAGCAAACACCUUUUCGAAACUGUCACCCACGAGGAGGGGCAUCGUUUUUUUUUCUUUUGCCCGUCGUUUUGUUUCACGUCCUCUCACCGGCUCAUCUAGGAGUCCGUGCACGUACGUGUACGUCCGUACCCGUGAUACGGAGCCGGUGUUCCAAACGUCGUCGAUUCGAUAACGUUCGUCGAAUUCAAGAGGACAAAGUUUCCUUCUCGAGUAACGGGCGAGUGAAUGGAUCCUCGUGUCUUAUGUUUUCAACAGACAGAGCUGGUGUUCUCGUCGACGUAACGAACCCUCUGUGCACUGUGAUCCAAGCUCUUGAUCCAUUGGAAGUCGCAAGAACAACUGGGUGCUCUCAGGACCCAGGAGCUGGUAGCAUUGAACAGAAACCUCGAACGUAACUGUGGAAACGCAGCAACGUAAGGUAGAUUGGCAACAAAGGAACAAAAGUAGAAACAACAUGUCAGAUGAAGAGGACAAACCUCCUGCACCUCCUGUGCGACUUACGUCGAAUAGAGGUGAAUCAACACCUAAUUUACCGGUGGAUAUGCGUCCACUACCUAAAGAACCUGAUUCUGAUGAACGUAAGAAAAAAACAUUGAAAAGCAAAAUGAAGGUAAAAGAAAAUAAGGACAAACCCAACAUCAGUUAUCCCACCAACUUUGAACAUACCGUACAUGUUGGAUUUGAUGCUGUUACUGGAGAAUUUACGCUGCCAUUGAAAGGGAUGCCAGAAGCAUGGGCAAGGUUGCUUAUGUCUAGUAAUAUUAGUAAACAAGAACAGAAGAAAAAUCCACAGGCUGUAUUAGAUGUUUUGAAUUGGUAUGAUAGUAGCAGUAAAGAAACGAAAGGUUCCAAAUAUAUGACAACUACAAAAAUGGUUGGGGUAGUUGCACCUAUUGAGAGAGCAAGUAGUCCUAGAAGCAUGGGCAUAGGUGUCGGAACUGGAGUAGGAAACAUUCGUGGUCAAGCAAUGUCACAAGCUUCUGGAAGUUCUCAUUCUCAACAUUCACUCAGCAGAGUGAGUAGUAGUAGUCCGAGUAGUACCCCAACAGACGCUUGCGCGACUAGUUCUGAACAAGAAGAUGAACCGCCGCCACCACCUAUUUCUGCUAGACCAGAACGUACGAAAUCAAUUUAUACAAAACCAAUAGAAGAAGAACCACCGCCUCCAUUAACUACUACGUUAGGAUCACCUCAACGAAAUGGAACGCCGCAGCAGUCACACCAAUCUCAAUUGGAUAGAAAUAAAAAUCAAGCGACUCCUACAUCAACGACAACAGAUCAAACGAGACCAGCACAAACUGACAAAGCUAGAAAGAAAAAAAUGUCAGAUGACGAAAUAUUAGAAAAAUUAAGAACAAUUGUAAGUGUGGGUGAUCCAAAUAGGAAAUACACGAAAAUGGAAAAAAUAGGACAAGGUGCUUCGGGAACAGUGUACACAGCAAUUGAAACAUCAACAGGUAUGGAAGUUGCAAUAAAACAGAUGAAUCUUUCACAACAACCAAAGAAGGAGUUAAUAAUAAACGAAAUAUUGGUUAUGCGGGAGAAUAAGCAUCCAAAUGUUGUAAAUUAUUUGGAUAGUUACCUCGUAGGAGAAGAAUUGUGGGUAGUUAUGGAAUAUUUGCCUGGUGGUAGUUUGACAGAUGUUGUAACUGAGACUUGUAUGGAUGAGGGUCAAAUAGCAGCAGUGUGUAGAGAGGUCCUACAAGCUUUGGAGUUCCUUCAUUGUAAUCAAGUUAUACACAGGGAUAUUAAAUCUGAUAAUAUCCUGCUCGGGCUAGAUGGUGGAGUGAAACUAACAGAUUUUGGAUUUUGUGCACAAAUUUCGCCAGAACAAAGCAAGCGAACUACAAUGGUUGGUACACCAUAUUGGAUGGCGCCAGAAGUAGUUACAAGAAAACAAUAUGGUCCAAAGGUUGAUAUCUGGUCGUUGGGUAUAAUGGCUAUUGAAAUGAUAGAAGGAGAACCGCCAUAUUUAAACGAAAAUCCAUUAAGAGCAUUAUAUUUGAUUGCAACAAAUGGAAAACCUGAAAUUAAAGAAAAGGAUAAAUUGUCCGGAAUUUUCCAAGAUUUUUUGGAUCAGUGUUUAGAGGUUGAAGUGGAGAAACGAUCAGCAGCUUCAGAAUUACUCAAGCAUCCUUUUCUGAAAUUAGCAAGGCCACUUGCUUCUUUAACACCUUUAAUAAUGGCAGCGAAGGAAGCUGCCAAAGGUAAUUAAAAGAGUGGUAUUUAUGAUCAUACGACGUGAUCAUAAAAAUAUAAUUUUGCAAGAAAAAUAAUGAAUCACCCUCCCAAAAUGGAACGGCACAAUAAUUCAAUAAUAUAUAAUAAAUAAUGAAUAAACAUAUAUAAAUAUAUAAAUAUAUAAAUAAAUAUAUAUAUAGGUCAUAGAUAGAUAGAACUUAUCCGAUACUGAAAAGUAUCGAGAAAUGGUUUCAAAGUUUUUAAAUUGCUCGAUUCUCGCAUGUUGCGAGGAAAUAAAGUUAAAUCAGAAGAACUGUGAACGAUCUGACGGCAGAAAUCUUGUAUUCCUCGAUGGGUAUUUAUUAGUUGCUAAGAGUUCGACAUUUUAUUGAAAUAGUCUUCAAAAUAAAAGAUAAACUGUAUGUGUGGGUUGUUGCCUGAUGAACUCUUGUACUAAUAUUGAACUAUCAUCGAGGAUUUUCAAGCGACUGUCAGUUAUUUUCUAAAGAUAUAAAAACUAGUAUUACUGACUCUAAAAUUGAAGAUCAGAGUUAGCUACAAACAUACAUUAUUUAUAGCAAGAACCUUAUUAGAUAAUACCAUAAACAAAUGUGAACAAGUACAUAGGACCUAUUCUAAUAUAUUAUUAUUGUUUAACAAGAAAUCAUAGAAGAAGAAAAUUGGUCUUCGUGUUAGACUUAUAUUUUUUGAACGAAGUUAUGGAGAACAGAGCAAUAUGUUUUCAAUCUUUGGUCUGUCAGUAUGACGUAGAUGUAUAAGCGAUAGCCUAACUUGUUUUAAACGUUCUCAAGAAUCACGUUCUUGUCAUUGGAUAUUAGCAAACUUCAUUAUGUUAUAUUAAAUUGAAGUUUUAAUAGACUUUUUUUUUUAUAUAUAUAUAUUUGGACAUUGCAGUUUUUGCAUUAUGUUGAUGUGUAUAUAGUAUAGAAAAUUAAUUUCAUAUAUAAUGAAAUUUACCAUAAAUUUAAUACAUGCGAUCCUUAUUUAAUGCUAUUAUUCAUUUAUAAUUGUAAGAUAAAAUAUAAGUACUUUUUCUCAUUUGCAUCGCUAACAAGACACGUUGGGAUAUUGACCUUGUUACUAAAAUAUAGAUGUAAGAACAUCUUUCUAUGGACGAAUGUCUAGUUACGUGUGUUCUUCAAUACAGGUCAAACAUAAAUUAUCUUUAACGUGUCUUACAAGAAGUGAACGGAUGAUCGACGAAAUUUUAAAACAAGGUUCAGAUAUAGGAACAUUUUGUGACACUAUAAAGUGCCUGUCUUGUCAUGUUUAGAGACGUGAAAAACUCGCGCUAGAUUCCUUAUAAUCUUGAACCAUCAACAGAAUAAUUUCUUAUUUUGUUUAAUGCAAAUGACGACAUACAGAUCGAUAAAAAUAUAUAAAUUUAUGUUGACGAUUAUAUACGACAAGGUUUCUAAAUGGUUGUACUACAUUAAACGUAAUAAUUAAUGUCUUUCCUAAUUGUAUUAUAUCUUAAACAUAUAUUACUGAAAAAUGAAACCUUGGAUACUUUUAGUUUAAGGAAUACACAUUUUCAAAUUUGUUACUUUUAUUUUUUGCAUCUUCAUUAUAUAUAGGAGUUUAUCGUAAACAAAAGCUAAAGAACGCCACGUAAAAGUGUAAUAGAUAUUGAAGAAAUUAACGAUAUAUUACAUAUGAAACAAAAAACAAAAAAAAAAAAAUGAAAAUGCAUAUGUUAUUU